GUGUAUACAAACGUGCGUAGGGCAUGUGCAAAUGAAGCCGGUAAUCUGCAUAAUUAUAAAUUACCUCAGCUCAGAAGGGCCAGGCCUACGUCAGUAUUUACCGUGAUCUUAUUUAUCUUAACAUGGUCUUGACUCUUGGUGAUGCCAAUGCGGAGAGUCAUUUGCCCAGUUCGCUAAUCUUUUGUGGGUAUUCAUGUAUUGGUAAACACAAACUUCAAGUUGAAGUGCCACGUCGCAUGCAUCGGCCCUCCUUUUUUUUCUUCUUCUUCACGGUCUGUUGCUGCGGUUUUGUGCCGGGAUUAGCGGCGGGGCAGUGACGUGUCAGCGGUGUACCCGUGUUGCUUUCAUUUGCUUUCCAACUCCAGCAGAGCUCAGCCGAGACUAAGACAAGUUGAGCCGAACGAAUCAUCAAACUACGCCGACAGGCCUGGCGGUGAAUCAUUCAGCUAAAUAGUACUAGUACCGCACCAUCACAUUAGCGUCUGCCAGACUGCCACUCUACCUGUAGGCUGUAGCCGCAAGUCCGCUGUACUAUCUUUUUUCCUCAUACACUAUCCAGACCUGAGCCGGGGUCUACGUGAGAUUCUUUUUUUUUUUUCUGAGAGGGAAAGGACUAGAGGCAACUGUAAUCAUGAUUGAUCAAGCUAAUUCAACAGCAACUUCAUUACCAGGUACAAAAGUGCCGUCAGCUCAAGUAUGGGGUUAUGGCUUUCUCUUCGUGACAAUCAUCAAUAUGGGAGCAUUCGCCGGGGUGUGGAUAAUCCCUCUUAUGGACAAGAGGAUGUAUAAGAACGUCAUCAUGUAUCUAGUAUCCCUCGCCGUAGGAACGCUCGCAGGCAAUGCUUUACUUAGUCUCAUUCCAGAGUCUCAAGGUAUUUUUCUGGACGAGGCCGGCCAUGAUUUUAUCUGGAAGAAUAUGGUCGUCCUAGGAGGCAUCUAUCUGUUCUUCAACACAGAACGCUUACUCAAGAUCAUUGCUAGCAGACGAAGGGCCAGAUCAAGGAGUAGUUCUGAUUUAUCGCGGCGAUCGGGCAUGGUGGUGACGGCAAUGCACAACUUAGACUCCAACCCAGACCGAAUAGGCUAUAAAUUUACAUCCCCAACGGAGGCCUUGGCGAUGACGGACGCGAAGGACCUGGAAGCGGAGCGGGAGAAACGAGCUAGCCGGGAGGCUUUAGAGGAAGGAAAUGGUUUGCUUUAUUCUACACCAUCGGGCGAUGAUAAAAAGGCAUCAUCCCUCAGGGAUGUCUACCUCAGCAGUAACGAGAAGGACAACCUGAGACCUGAUUCCAACCUCACCAAUCACCAUGGCAACGGUCACCAUGGCAAACCCAAUGGCCACGCACAUGGCAACGGCAGCCAUCACGGCCACUCCCACGCACCGAUAUACGAUGGAUCGAACAUGAUCGCCACCGUGGCCUAUAUGAUCAUCUUUGGUGACGGCCUUCAUAAUUUUAUCGACGGGCUGGCGAUCGGGGCGUCGUUCACGAAUUCCGUUUACCAGGGGAUCAGCACGUCAGUGGCGGUCAUUUGUGAAGAAUUUCCCCAUGAGCUAGGUGACUUUGCCAUCUUGUUGAACUCUGGGAUGACUGUGAAGCAAGCCGUCCUUGCAAACUUCUUGUCGGCGUGUACGUGUUACUUGGGCCUUAUCUUCGGUAUUGUCCUCGGGGAGAAUUUCCACGCCAGCGAGUGGAUCUUUGCUCUGGCGGGCGGCAUGUUUCUUUAUAUCUCGUUGGUGGAUAUGCUGCCCGAGAUUAAUAAUGUUGGAGGCGGAGACCCGACAGAUGAGGACCAGAGAAGCUUCAGGAUCUUUUUCAUUCAGAACGCUGGACUCCUUUCUGGGUUUGGUCUAAUGUUGAUCCUGGCCUUGUUUGCAGGCCAGAUCCAGGUCUAACUUCAAAGACUGGUCUCGAUUGGAACACAUAUGUUGGUCCAAGCUACGUACGUAGGUGAGAUCGAGGCCUAACUUCAAAGCAUGCAUGUAGCCCCGACCAGAUUAGUUGGUUCUGGCCUUGUUCGCUAUCGGAAUCCUAGUCUUCAAAAUAUGGCGUUGACUACAUUUUAGGGCAGAUAUAUUUUUGUUUCUCAUACAUAAUGUGUAACAUAUCUCUCUUCCAAUCAAAGAUUUACAUACAUGUACAAUCAAGAGAAGUUAUUUCAAGUAUUUUUCUACACCCCUCUUAUCAUUGAAUGAAAUAUACAUUGUAUAGAGGAAGCGCUUUUGGAUAUAGAAUACCUGAAGUUAUGCUGUAUAACGUCUUCUCUUCUGUAAUUUGUUUGUAAUACUGUACAUCUAGAUCUUGUAAAUUUGUCUAAUCUAUUAUUUGUGUGCUUGUACAUAUUUUUAUUUGUGCUUUCUAUUAUUCACAACAUGAUGUGCUCAUACAUGUAUGUGUAUCAUAUUCUACCAUUACAAGUAGAAGUAAUGUCUUGUUUUUAUUUUUUUCUUUGAAUUUUCAUUGACGAUAAGUUUAUAGCCCUAAGAGUGGUGGAGUCAUUUCUAAAGAGAAAUACUGUCAAACCUUGUUCGUGGCCACCUGUCUAUAUAGUGGCUACCUGCCAAUAGUAACUACUAAAACUGUUUCUCAUUGAGGCAGAUCAUGUGUAUGAGAACCUGUCUAUAGCAGCCACCUGCCUAUAGUGACUACUAAAACUAAUUCCCAUGGAGGCAGAUUGUAUGUAUAAGAACCUGUCUAUAGCAGCCACCUGCCUAUAGUGACCACUAAAACUAAUUCCCAUGGAGGCAGAUUGUAUGUAUAAGAACCUGUCUAUAGCAGCCUCCUGCCUAUAGUGACCACUAAAACUAAUUCCCAUGGAGGCAGAUUGUAUGUAUAAGAACCUGUCUAUAGCAGCCACCUGCCUAUAGUGACCACUAAAACUAAUUCCCAUGGAGGCAGAUUGUAUGUAUAAGAACCUGUCUAUAGCAGCCAUCUGCCUAUAGUGACCACUAAAACUAAUUCCCAUGAAGGAAGGUUGUGUGUAUAAGAACCUGUCUAUAGCAGCCACCUGCCUAUAGUGACCACUAAAACUAAUUCCCAUGAAGGAAGGUUGUGUGUAUAAGAACCUGUCUAUAGCAGCCACCUGCCUAUAGUGACCACUAAAACUAAUUCCCAUGAAGGAAGAUUGUGUGUAUAAGAACCUGUCUAUAGCAGCCACCUGCCUAUAGUGACCACUAAAACUAAUUCCCAUGGAGGCAGAUUGUAUGUAUAAGAACCUGUCUAUAGCAGCCACCUGUCUAUAGUGACCACUAAAACUAAUUCCCAUGAAGGAAGGUUGUGUGUAUAAGAACCUGUCUAUAGCAGCCACCUGCCUAUAGUGACCACUAAAACUAAUUCCCAUGAAGGAAGAUUGUGUGUAUAAGAAUAUGUCUAUAGCAGCCACCUGUCUAUAAAGUUCACAAUUUGUGUUUCCCUUGGGUGGUCACUAUAGACAGGCUUCACUGUAUUGUGGCCUGGCAGACAGGCAGAAGGAAUGGCGGGAGGUUGCGUGUGCUGUCGAUUUUCAGUUCUUGUGCGGCUGGCAUAAGAGCGAUAUCUCUAGCGCGUGCUAUGCGAAAUGUACAGUGUGCGCGAGAGUGAAAGUCCUUCUGGCUUCCCAACAGGAACAGCGAUUGAUGGAUGUGUAUUUCCUAAUGCCCGUCUGCUAUUCAUGCAACAGUAAUUUUAUUACCUCGCAGUGAUUUCUUACUUAUUCAAGGAUUACUUUAUAAUCUCUGCCAUCGGGUAUAAUUUCAUCUGUGUCAUCGUCAUCAAUGAUUAUUGUGUGUGAAUAUAGGGCUAAUCACUUGUCAUUUUUUUUGUUAUACAUUGUUUUUUAAUAUUAGUUAUAUGGGCUUUCACCGUGUAUACCAUUCACUUACAUGUGUCUUAAAUAUAGGAUUUUAAAGCUUCGUUCACAUAUAAUGUGAUGAAGUUCAGCAACAGUUUUGCAAUGUUCAGAUUAUAGUGAGGCAAAUGUCUGCUUAUUGAGUUUCUGAGUGCAAUGAAUACUGCACUAGUUGCACAGAAACUUGUGACAUAAUGAUUCUCCCAUGAUAAAAAUUUAUUGAUUUGCAGGACAAAAAAACACAGAGAUCCCAGUAUAGAAUUUUUUUAUUAUGUAAGAGUACAUUUGAAGUCAUACCAAAUGGGAGUGUACAGAGUUUGGAAGUUGUGUUAGAAAGAUGAAAUAUGACUCUGGAAGCUCAGUUUGUAAUUAUGAUCCGCUUUUAUAUAGCGCUUGAUACAUCGGCACGACGUGUCUAAGCGCUUUACAGAUAUAUUAUUACCCCGUUCAUCGGAUUCAAUCAGUCAUUCCCGCACUCAAUGUAUGCACAUCCUCCGCUCCCCAGGGAGUAUUCCAGUCGGUCGCUGUUCGGGCGCACACAGCACUGGACAAGCUACAAUGACUUUCACAUCCUACCGGGUACCCAUUUAGCACCUGGGUCUAGAAUGGCAAAGUGUGUAUUAACGCUUUGCUCAAGGACGCUGGACCGCGGUGGGAUUUGAACACAACCCACUGUUUACAAGGCGAGAGUCAGAACCACUAGACCACAGCUCUUCCGUCAGAUGGGGGACCGCAAAGGGUCGCUCUUCAUGGACGUCAUCGCGCCGCCAUCUUAGAGGCUGAAGCUAUAAUUAUUGCUUUGCAUGCGUUCGUGAUCUGCAGCUAGAACAUAAGGUCAAGACUAUAUUGCCGUCGAUUCGGCAGAUUCAGUACCAACUAGGGUUUAUGUAGUCAGACUACGCCUCAUGAAUAUUUAUGUCACGGAAUAUACAUGUAGCGUAAUUUCCAACGCUGCUGUAUUGCGAGUUCACUGCCGUCAAGAUCAUUGAUGCAGGUUUCGAGAGUCGCCUUGCGCGAUUUGUCAAAGUUCUCUUUUUUUAUAAAAAAAAAUUGAGACAAGACUCCGUAAAAUUACAAGUCCAAGGAUUGUAGUCUGAUUCAAAGCCUCCAAAACACAGUUAGCCCUUAUCGUAUGUUUAUGAGUCUGCUGCAUCAAUGCCAAUUUAGUUUUAACCAGAACAUCGCUGACAACUCCGUUUUCGCAAAUUUCCAUCUCCUCUGAGGGAGGGCGAUGUGAGAUAUGACGUCAUAUGCUUAAAGGUCUACGACAUCAGAAACUGUUCAGCGAACACAUCUACGAGCAGUCCAUCUAAACUCCUAGCUGAUUAUUUCCAUCUUCAGAGCCAUGUAGAAAACAUCCUCACUCUUCCUCUUAAUGGAUUGCAGGCUCUUUGACAGGAACUGCUGAAGAAGAACAUAAAUGAUUAAAAAUGAUACAAACACGGUGCAGGAGAUAUCUUAUAUAUGAAAUGUUCAGUUCAGACAAGCUGACGAAGCGUCCUGGAUCGGACGUGAAACUGCUCUCCAUUUCAAUAACAGUAAAGUCCAGAUGAACAGAUACAUUUUUCUACAUCACUUAUAUUAAAUGUGUGUUUUGUUUUAAAGAUGUCACUUUUUUAAGAGGCUUAGGACAACAUCAUGCAAGGAAAUUUAAUCAAAUUGACAAUUGCAAUGAUAUUUGUUUAAAUGUUUUGUAUUAUUCAACCACUGUGAUGCAUAUAUAUCUUUUUUUAUUUACACUGAAGAGGCUUACAAUCUGGCAUUGCACAGUAAUGAAAAAAAGUAUUGGAUUGGUGAAGAUCCUCACCUCACCCCUCCCUGUUUAACAAUUAUGUGUGUGAUAAUUGGAAUACUUUAUAUUUAUUAUUUUUUACUGAAAUAACUUUCCAGAAUUAAGGUUGAUGCAUAUGUUUUUUUUUAUUUAUAAUGAAAUAUGUGUUUUCUGUAAGACACUGAACCAAAUGUCUGCUACUUUUAUCAUCAAGAUCCUGUUAUAAAGGCGCUGCUUUUUAAUAGUCCCCUUUGAUUUGUCUUUGACGAAAUGUAAAGGUGAGUGAUUAAGACAUUGUCAGGAACGUUGCGUCUCUAAAGUUGGACAGGGUGUGCAAGGAUUGUGCAUGUAAUUUCUGUCAUUCAUUUAUCAACAUGGUUACACCGUAAUUGAAGAAGAUGGUCGCUAGUCAUUUAAUGUCAUUUCAUUAUAAAAAAAAAAAAAACUCAGACUACAUGUAGUCACUCUCUUUAGGUGUUAUUACUGGCAACCUUUUUCUUUUGUUAUGUCUAGUGCCCGAGGGGGGGUACUCGAAUUAUAACGUGAUACCUGCAUACCGCACCAAAAACGAAAAUAGUGGGCUCUAGAACUAAACUUUUACCUUAAAAUGGUCUGCCCCAUUUGUUGUAUUCACCAAAAUGUGUAAUUCAUUUUUCUGAGAAGCGUGCAAUUGCAAUGAAAACUGCUAUGUUGUAAUUUAUCCUUUGCAGAUCUCUUUUCUCCUAUGGAAGAAAAGUCAUGCAUACAUGUAUGUGGAUCCUUCAAUUGGAAAGGAUCUUAAAAGUCAAUAGUCUAUCUUUGAAUGAUAGUCGUGUCCAAAUGCAAAGAUAAGGGGUGAAUAUUGUUGGACCUUUUUUUCCACAAAAAUAUUUUGUAAUUUGCUAUAUGGAUUUAUGCAAAGAGGUGCAUAGUAUUUCUAUCAUCAGAUUCCUGCAUAUGGAGUGAUUUAAGGCUGAAUCUUUUGCUGAAAGUAAUGUUGGAAAUCAUUAAAAAAAGGUAUACAUUGUGCACAAGGAUAGCACAUUUUUUUGGCCAAAGUAAGAAUUGCAUUUUUCCAAUUCUUGUCUACAUUUACAAAACGUUCUUUUCUAGGUGAUUUAUUCCUUAAAGGGGAAUGAAACCUUUAGAAUAAGUAGGUUUCUGUCGAAACAGAAAAAUCAAAGAAAUAGAACAACGAUAGUUUGAGAAAAAUCGGACAAACAAUGAGAACGUUAUGAGCAUUUGAAUAUUGCAAACACUAAUGCUAUGGAGAUCCUCCUAUUGGCAAUGCGACAAGGAUGUGUGAUGUCACAUGUGAACAACUUUCCCUUUGAUGGACUUUAAAAUACCCUCAAAAUGUCUCUUUUUGCUUUUUCUGAUGGUGGUACAAACUCUUUAUCCGUGAUGUGUUCUUUAAAAAUCUGUUUUACAUGCCCUCCUUUAGAAAGAACACAUGAUCUACUGAUAGAUGUGAUAAAAGAG